AUGGCGGAAUCAACUUGUUCCGAAGAACUGUGCAAAGGGAUGGCGACUCUGACUGUGCAUGCUGGUCAGAGUCCCGAAGUGUGGAACACUGGUGCAGCCGUGGUUCCCCCGAUUACGUUGUCCACAACUUAUAGACUCCAAGAACCAAGCGGCGCGUCAGAUUCUUACGUCUAUAAUCGCAUCGGUAACCCAACAAGAAGUUGCUUUGAAGCGGCGCUGGCCGCAGUGGAGAAAGCCAAAUACGGUUUUGUCUUCUCUUCUGGUAUGGCAACUAUUUUCACCAUUACACAGUUGCUGGAGUCCGGUGACCACAUUGUAAGCUUUGAUAGUAUAUACGGUGGCACUGUGCUGUUACUGAAAACUGUUGCAGCAAAAUUAAAAACAGAGAUUACAUUUAUACCAGUCACAGAUGAUCCGGAGAUUUUUAAACAAGCCAUAAAACCCAACACCAAGAUGGUUCUGAUAGAGUCUCCAAAUAACCCUCUACUCAAUAUAGUUGAUAUUCGUCGCAUAGCUGACACAGUCCAUCAGUUUAAAGACGUCUUCGUAAUAAUUGACAGCACAUUUGCAUCACCAGCAUGUCAGCGCCCCCUAGAGCUUGGAGUUGAUCUAGUGAUGCAUUCAGUCUCCAAAUACAUCAAUGGUCACACAGAUGUAAUUAUGGGCGGUGUGGUCACCAACCGAGAUGAUCUCUACGAGAAAAUCAAGUUUCUACAAAAAGUUACCGGGGCAAUUCCAUCUCCAUUUGAUUGUUAUGUGGCAAACAGAGGUUUGAAAACCUUACCGUUAAGAAUGGCUAAACAUCAACAUAAUGCCAUGGCAAUAUCAAAGUAUUUAGAAUUCAACUCUAAAAUUGAGGAAGUUCUUUAUUUAGGUUUGCCGUCACACCCACAACAUGAGUUAGCUAAAAAACAAAUGUUUGCUUUUGGUGGGAUGAUUGCACUGAAAAUCAAAGGUGGCAAAACAGAAGCCGUCAAUUUUAUGAAUAAUCUUAAAUUGAUUAUAUCUGCUGCAAGUCUUGGGUCUAUUGAAAGCCUGAUUGAACAUCCAUCAUCUUUGUCACAUGUGAAUUUAUCAAAUCAGGAGAAAGAAAAAUUUGGAAUCACUGAUAAUUUGUUGAGAUUCUCAGUUGGUAUAGAAGACGAAAAUGAUCUGAUUGCCGAUAUUGAACAAGCUUUGAAUAAAGCAGUACUAGAAUAG